UCGGGCGGCUAGUUGGGAGUGGUGGUGUUAUAGGAUAAGUUCCGCAAAGGAGGCCACCACUCAGGGCCCGAGAGCCACCACCCCCAGUUUGGGGCCCAUCACACCGGGCGCGAUUCGGCGUCGCUGCUGUUGGCUCUUCUCAAGCCUCGUUCAUCCCCACCCCCAGGGAACCGCCUUGGAUCUCCGCCAUGGCAUCCACUUCCAACAACCUCCAGAAAGCAAUAGAUCUUGCUAGCAAAGCAGCCCAGGAAGACAAAGCGGGGAACUACGGAGAAGCCCUUCAACUCUAUCAACAUGUCCUGCAGUAUUUUCUCCAUGUAGUUAAAUAUGAAGCACAGGGAGAAAAAGCCAAGCAAAGCAUCAGGGCAAAGUGUACAGAAUAUCUUGAUAGAGCAGAACAGCUUAAGGAGUACCUGGAAAAGAAAGAGAAAAAGCCACAGAAGCCAGUGAACGAGGGACAGCCGAGUCCAGCAGAUGAGAAAGGGAAUGACAGUGAUGGGGAAGGAGAAUCUGAUGACCCUGAAAAAAAGAAACUACAGAAUCAACUUCAAGGUGCCAUUGUUAUAGAACGACCCAAUGUGAAGUGGAGUGACGUUGCUGGUCUUGAAGGAGCCAAAGAAGCACUAAAAGAAGCUGUGAUACUGCCUAUUAAAUUUCCUCAUCUUUUCACAGGCAAAAGAACACCUUGGAGGGGAAUCCUAUUAUUUGGACCGCCUGGAACAGGAAAGUCCUAUUUAGCCAAAGCUGUAGCAACAGAAGCAAACAACUCAACGUUUUUUUCAAUAUCUUCCUCUGAUCUUGUUUCAAAGUGGCUAGGUGAAAGUGAGAAAUUUGAAAAACGAAUUUAUAUUCCUUUGCCGGAAGCCCAUGCCCGAGCAGCAAUGUUUAAAUUGCACCUGGGGACCACUCAGAACAGUCUAACAGAAACAGACUUCCGAGAACUUGGGAAGAAAACUGACGGUUAUUCAGGGGCAGAUAUAAGCAUCAUUGUACGUGAUGCACUUAUGCAGCCUGUUAGAAAAGUGCAGUCAGCUACUCAUUUUAAAAAGGGUCACUUUCCCCUGUCAAGGCGACACCGUUUUCGCCUUUCCUGUGGUGCUGAAGACCCGGGACUGAAGGCUGACUGGAAGCUGGCUGCCUGCCACCCCAGUCAGCCCAGUCACCCCAGUUCUCUCAGGACCUACUCCCGUUUUGCCCAGACCCAACUUUGUGACCUGCCUGUCUGGGAGUCCUUGAGGAUCCCAGGACCCAGUUAUCUCAACUGCCAUUUAAAUGUGAAUGGACCAAAAUCCUCCAUCUUCAGGACUUCCCUCCCUCCGCUCGUCCUCCUCCAUAUACAGAUCGCAGGUCCAACCCCUCCCCCUCUAGCUUCCCGGUCUUCCUCCCUAGAUAUCCCCCUCCAAAGAUUUCCUGAGCUCCUACUGCCCCUCCCCUCUGGGCAGAUGGAGCUUGGAACCCUGAGGCUGCAAAUCCUCCAGCUCCCGGCAGGCAGGACAGCUCCGCAGCCAACCCUGACACCGGAUCUGCCUGCAGCAGCAGGGGAGGGUGAGCGCACCCGCCCUACAGCUGCGUGCCCCUCCCCCCGCGGGGAGACAAAGAAGGGGGCUGCAACUCCGGAGGCUCCAGCCACAGCCGUACACAGUGUCUAG